AUAAUAUCGAAUACUAAUGCAAAAUAGCGGAUCCUACACUGCAGUUUUAUUACACUCGCCCAUCUUCGCUGUCAACGGAUAUCGUCAAAAACCUACUAUUCAAUUCGCAAGACGUAAAAGUGCAGUUAUGCCUGCAUUUUGAUUUAGUAAUCGAUGUUAUAACAUGGUAACUUUAUAUAGCAGCUUUAACUGUUGUAUUUCAAUAAACGGAGUACAGUGUUUCGAAUCAAUGAACCUUCGGACUAUUGAACCUUCGAACCAUUGAACCUGUGGAUUACAGAGCGGUCCCCACACAAACCUCCCCUGCAAGUCGUGAGCAUAAAAGACUGCCCAAUCGAGCGUAAGCCGAUACUGAGACACGGACCCAACAUUGCUUAACAAUACAACUUUUAUUCUGAAAUGAAGUAUUUUGACUAUUAAUGUACUGGUGUUUGGAUGCUCCAACUUAUUUGAAGAAUUUACCAAUCCGUCUACACAUGAUGUUCACGUGACAAGUAAAAUGGCGAAUGUCAGCGACGAAACUCCGUGUUCUGACAAAAAUGAUAAGGAAACAAAAGAAGAGGAAAGUGAACACGAUGACAGUAAAACACAGGCUAACUUUAAAGAUGGACAGUUAAGUUUCCAAGGAAUGGAUAGUGAAGAAAUUCCAAAAUCUCUGAUUGACGAGUAUUGCAAAGUUACCCACAGACUUGAUCUAAGUUACAACAACUUACGUCAUUUGGAAGGACUUGAACAUUUUAGUGAUUUGGAGGAACUGGUUCUUGACAACAAUCAGCUGGACGAUAACAUUGUGCUUCCGCAUCUUAACAGUUUGCACACAAUAACAUUAAACAAAAAUAAGAUCACUGAUUUGAAUAUUCUGUUAGAAAAGCUGAAAUCUAGUCUUCCGAACUUGACCUAUCUGAGUCUCCUUGGUAACACAGCCUGUCCAAACCAGCUUUCCUGUUCUGAUAAAGAUGAUGAUGACUACCAGCGAUACAGGUAUCAUGUGUUGUUUCAUCUUCCACAACUGAAGUUUCUGGACUCUUCACCGGUGAAGAACACUGAACUUAGUGAGGCUAAGAGAUCCGGCCCCUUUAUGAAAGUUGUCAGAUUGGAGGGCAGUCCAGUCGAAUCGAAGACCACAGCCAAGACUGAUGAAAAAAGCCAUUAUUAUAACCCACUGCCGCAAAAAGACAAUGAAGGCCAGCAUGCAGGAACAUUUGGCAAAACAAAAUACAUAUAUUACGGACGCCAUUCAGAAGGAAAUCGAUUUAUUCGAAACAGUGACCUCUGACCUCGGCUAAUGUGGCAGAGUGGAAAUCACGGAGGAGAUGAUGUGAUCCCGGUUUUUCAUCGAUAAUAACAUGUUUGCUAUACAAUCAAAACCAGAGAUACAUGUAUUACGGAACUUUUAAAAAUGUUGAUGCUUUUCAUAGUCUUUAUCCCACCUUCUCCCCAGUCAAAUUCAACCAGACAUGGUUGCUUUAAUGACAGUUUUUUCAACCAGUGUAGACUAUAAUGAUUUUUUUAAUACUGAAAAGCAAUCAAACAGCUUUUACUCCCUCUAUUACUUCUCAACAUUGUUCAAAUUGGGGGGGG